AUGGCUCUCCUCUUCAAACCUCUACAGGCAGGUGACUUGGAGCUGCAGCAUCGAGUUGUGCUGGCACCACUGACGCGGUUCCGCGCCGACAAGGACCAUGUACCACUGCCAAUGGUCAAAGAAUACUACGCGCAACGAGCGUCUUCGCCGGGAACACUGCUCAUCACCGAAGCGACAUUCAUCUCGCCCCGCGCCGGCGGCUACCCCAAUGUGCCGGGCAUCUACAAUGCGGAGCAGAUCAAGGCAUGGAAGGAAGUGACGGAUGCAGUGCACGCCAAAGGCAGCUUCAUCUUUUGUCAGCUUUGGGCAUUGGGAAGGACCGCCAACCCAGCUGUCCUGGCCGCGGAUGGCUAUAAAUUGGUGUCGGCCUCGAAUCUGCCCUUACCUGAAGGAGCGAUCCCCGAGCCUCUGGACGAAGAGGGGAUCCAGAAUUAUAUUCAGGACUAUACGAAUGCGGCGAAGAACGCUAUCGAGGCUGGAUUCGACGGUGUGGAGAUCCACGGUGCGAACGGCUACCUCCUCGACCAAUUCUUGCAGGACAAGUCCAAUGAUCGAACCGAUCGCUGGGGAGGAAGCAUUGAGAAUCGUUCUCGCUUUGGUCUGGAGGUCGCAAAGGCUGUUUCCUCCGUGAUCGGCGCUGGAAAGACGGGUUACAGGGUCAGUCCGUGGAGCUCGUUCCAAGAAAUGGGAAUGGAUGAUCCGGUGCCCCAAUUCACUUAUCACAUCAAGAAACUGGCGGAACUGAACUUGGCGUAUAUUCACAUUGUGGAGUCGCGGGUUUCAGGAAACGUUGACAUCGAAGUCGUGGGGAAACAAGUUGACCCAUUCCUUAAUGCUUGGAGCGGCGCCGGAGCCAUCAUCUUGGCGGGCGGGUUCACAGCUGAGUCUGCACAAGAGACUGUGGAGAAGUACAGCUCACGCAACGUUGCAAUUGCUUUUGGGAGGCACUUCAUCUCAAAUCCAGAUCUGCCUGCUCGCAUCAGCAAGAAUCUGCCCUUCACCAAGUACAAUCGAGAUACUUUCUACGUGCCCGAGUCUUCAGUGGGCUACACCGAUUAUCCGUUCAUUUCAGAAGCAUAG